CUUGCACAGGGCUUACAAAGUGGAAAUCAUCAUCCAAUGGUUAAGAAACCUACAAAUGUUCCUCCAAAACACAAGGAUGACUUGGAUUUUCUCAGUGAUUCUUUGCCUUUUUUUCAUGGCCAGGAGCGGCCAGCUUCAGUGUGUCAGAGAAACUUUAAACGACAAAGAGUUCUCCAUCACUGUGACCACCACAACCAUUGAAGUGAAAUCCGGUGACUGCUUUUGGAUCGGAUAUGAGUUCACCUUUCCAAAGAACAAAGUGACGUUCCCUCUUCACAAGAUUUGGUUCCAAGGAGAUCCGCAGAACAAAAAAACUCACUUAGAAGAAAACAAAGAAGUUGUCAAAUAUGAGCAGUCUGGGACAAGAUACAAUGUCAAGAUGAAUCCCCUACCACAAGGAGAGUAUGAAUAUGGCUUCAAGUUGGAAUGGGGAUGUGAUCAGACGUAUGUUUUUCCAAAGACGAUUCGGAUCAUAGUUUCUGCAUUAACACAAAAACCAAGUGUGAGGAUUCCUCCUUUGGUGGAAGGGCAAGAUGCCAAACUAGAAUGUACUGCUCCACGUUUAUGCUUGGAAAUCACUCCAAAAAUUUACUGGAUUGGGAUCAAGGAUGUUCUGUCCCUGGGAGGAGUUCCUUCUCGCAUGAUUUUAACCUUCACUCCCUCAGCAGACUAUCACAACGCCAACAUCACUUGUGUGGCAAAUUAUGAUUCCAUCCGUGCUGAGACGACUGUCACCUUAACUGUGAAGUUUGCUCCUCGGAUCCUAAACAGUUCCCAGUGCAUGGUCGACAGCAGGCUCCUGGUCUGUGUGUGCAUCAUUUGGGGGAAUCCGCUGCCACUGAUCACCUGGCCUUUAGCCUUGCUCACAGACUUCUCAGUUACCAGCUCUAGGAGCAACCAAACAGUGAACAGCACCCUCGUAAUGCCCGCUGCUGACUACCAAAACUCCAGUGUAAGAUGCAUCAGCGACAACGAAUUGGGCUGGGCUGACUUUGAAAUCCCACUCCAAAACUACAGAGGGGAUUUAAGCUUGAAGUAUGGGUUAGAUUCCAGUCACAAGUCUGAUGCAGUCCACUGCUGGCCAAUCGCUGGUGUGUCUUUAAGUGUGAAUGUGGCCCUCCUCACAGCCCUGAUCGUCUGCACUGUCAAACGGGGUAAAAGUCAAGAGCGAAGGAAGGAGCUUGGUGAAGAAAUGGACCCUUACACUUCCCUGAAUCGGGCAGACGAUGAUCAGCAUAUCUACAGCAGUAUUACUCCGACACCCAGACAAACUACUUAAGUUCACCUUUUGCCUGUUUGCUUCUUUUCUUUUCUUUUCUUUUUUUUCUUAUUUGCAACAACAAAGAUACAGAGAUGGAGUGCAGAUGGGGAGAUAUUGGAGAAUGUGGGUUAACGACAGGAGAGAUUUAGAGAAAUCAAUAUAAGCUGUAGAUGUACAAAGAGAGGACGGCUGUAAAAAGGUCUGAAAAGGUAUAACCCAAGGACUCGAUCAAAACCUUUAGAUGCAUUGAUUAUGGAGUCUGUGGCAGUGGUGACAAUAGAAGCAAGCAAAAGGACAGUCUGUAGAACUAAUAUAAACAAAGAUAAUAAAAUAUGGAUUUGGUUAAUGAAUACAUAGAGAGGUAUGUAUCAGCAAGAUUCAGCCCAUUUGUUUUUGCUGCCGCUCUAUAUAAACUGGCCGCUGUCGGCCCUGUACCCUCUGCCUGUCCUACGGCUCACAUCCAUCCCACGUGUUUGUCUUUUGGAUGAUUUGUGCUAUGCUUGUUUUAAUAUAUCCCUUUUGCGCCCUCCCUGUCACACACCCUGAGACAGUUUGUGACAGCUUCAUUCAAUAAAAGACGGUGAG